AUGCAAGCAAAACCAGAGAUAAGAUCUUCUCUGAAGAAUGUGAAAAAAGAUACAGGAAAACCAGAGAAACUUAAAUAUAAGCCACUCACUGGGAAGGUGUUUUACCUCGAUAUUCCAUCAAAUGUGAUUUCUGAAAAAAUAGGAAAGGACCUCAAAGAGCUAGGAGGGAGAGUGGAGAGUUUUCUUAGUAAAGAUAUCAGCUAUCUGGUGUCUAAUAAAAAGGAGGCAAAAUUUGCACCAACUCUUGGUCAGAUUUCUCCUGUUCCUAGCCCAGAAUCUGCAUGUAAUGGAGGAAAUAGUUCACCUCAUCCUAGCAACCGAAAAGAUCGACAUGACGGAAGUUCAUUUAAGAUAGUAGAUACAGUACGUAUGAGCAGAGGAAAAUCCUUAGUAGAAAAAGCAAUCAAAGAGCAGGACUUAAUCCCCUCUGGUAGUAUACUAUCCAAUGCUUUGAGUUGGGGAGUGAAGAUACUUCAUAUUGAUGAUGUUAAGAAUUACAUUGAACAAAAGAAAAAGGAGCUCUACCUAAUCAAAAGAGUAGGCAGUUCUUUUAAAGAUGUGGGAAAACAAGUUAAUGCUCCGAAGUCAAGAACAGGUAGACUGAAAAAUCCAUUUGUCAAGGUGGAAGAUAGAAGUCGCCGCUACCGACCGUUUUAUCUGCAGUUACCCAGUUUUCCAGUUCUGAACUACUGUGUUCCAAAACCAUAUAGCCCAUUUGAGGUGGAUAAGAAGCAUCCUCCUGGUCAAAAGCAAACUCAGUCUAAGCAAAGAAACAAAAUAAAUAGUGACAAGGACUGUGGAACUCCUCCUGUUCAGCUCCCUCAGAAGGACAAAAAAAAGAGAGGAUAUUGUGAAUGUUGUGGGAAGAAAUACGAAGAUCUACAAACACAUCUUGAAAGUGAACAGCACCGAAAUUUUGCACAAAGCACACAAUAUCAAGUUGUUGAUGAUAUAAUCUCAAAGUUGGUUUAUGAGUUUGUUGAAUACAAAGAUGAUGUAAAAAACAUAAAAAGGACAAAAUGUAGUACAGGAUAUUUUUCUCCUAUUACUGGAAAGAUAACUAGACCAGAUGAGCUGAAAGAAAAACUGAAAAAGCAACGCAUUUCAUUGAGAAGUUACUCAUGGAAGGAUACGGCAAUGCGGACACUCAAACUGGAUCACCAGCCUGCAGAAGUACAGCCAAAUUCUGUGCCAAUACCUACCCCUAUUUCUGGAUCUGUCUGUUCAGUUCUGUAUUGUCACCUGUCACAACCUUCAGAACUAAAAGGUAAGAUCAGAAAUAAUGAUGAAAAUAUCAAAACUGAUUGCUCCUGUGCUGCAAACUUAAGAGAGACUGUUGUAUCAUCAAAUUUCAUACAACCACCCCCUCAGAAAGAUGACAAAGCAGGCACGGAGAACUUGUCUCGAGUUUAUGAGCCAUUCAGUAAAGAAAUACUGGAACCAGAAGUAAAUAAAAAGGAUAUACAGUGUUUUCAGGAAGGCAUGUAUACUUUAUAUUCUCAUACUCAAGUUACAGAUUUUAGUGAAAAAGACAAAAACCUAUCACAGCCAAAACGAAAAUUAAAUAAUGCAGUAGUUCUACCAGCAAAGUGUUUGAAAAAAACAGAUGCCAAUCCUACAUUUGUCAAGAAACAUCAUGAUUUGUGUGAUAAUCAUCAACAGAUGCAGCACAAUGUAGUUCUGGAGGCUGGGGUAUCUGAUACUGCUAUAAACAAAGAACUUAAUGAAUUGGCUGCCAGCACUGCACAUAGUUCACCGUCUGGAAAGCUGCGCAGAAAAGUGAAGCUUUACUUGGGAAGAAAUAAAGAAACCUGGAAACAGAAUAUGGAGUUAUGCGUAAAGUAUACGGAUGGACUGUCUGUUCCUGAAGAGAAAUCGUGUAGCUCACCAGUGCAUUCCCUACUGGAAUUAUUUCAAAGUGAAAUAAACUCAGAAUCUGGAGGUUUUUUAGGUUACACUGAGAACAAAGGUUCAACUAGCAUAAAAGAUACAUGGGAAGGGCAGAAUACAAAUGUUACGUGGUCAUUAUUUUCCUCUUCAUGCUCAUUCCCGUUUGUUGGAUUUUAA